AUCUCCAGAAGAAAUAUUAAGACCGAGAAAAAAAAUGACUCGAUAUAAACCUCCAGAACCAACAUUAUUACCGACAAUGACUAUAUAUAAACCUCCAGAACCAACAUUAUUACCGACAAUGACUAUAUAUAAACCUCCAGAACCAACAUUAUUACAAUGACUAUAUAUAAACCUCCAGAACCAACAUUAUUACCGACACCGACUAUAUAUAAACCUCCAGAACCAACAUUAUUACCGACAAUGACUAUAUAUAAACCUCCAGAACCAACAUUAUUACCGACAAUGACUAUAUAUAAACCUCCAGAACCAACAUUAUUACGACACCGACUAUAUAUAAACCUCCAGAACCAACAUUAUUACCGACACCGACUAUAUAUAAACCUCCAGAACCAACAUUAUUACCGACAAUGACUAUAUAUAAACCUCCAGAACCAACAUUAUUACCGACAAUGACUAUAUAUAAACCUCCAGAACCAACAUUAUUACCGACAAUGACUAUAUAUAAACCUCCAGAACCAACAUUAUUACCGACAAUGACUAUAUAUAAACCUCCAGAACCAACAUUAUUACGGACACCGACUAUAUAUAAACCUCCAGAACCAACAUUAUUACCGACAAUGACUAUAUGUAAACCUCCAGAACCAACAUUAUUACCGACAAUGACUAUAUAUAACCCUCCAGAACCAACAUUAUUACCGACAAUGACUAUAUGUAAACCUCCAGAACCAACAUUAUUACCGACAAUGACUAUAUAUAAACCUCCAAUACCAACAUUCACUAAAAUGUGUGAAAGUGCAAAUGAAACCCUAAGUUUGGAAGGGGCCAAUAAUUUUUUUGGAGGUUUUGAUGAUGAUGGUUUAGAAUAUCAAAGUUUAGGGAAUGUCAAACAUGACAGAGAUUCAAGUAAUCCACUUUCACAGAUAAUCAAUCUUCAGCUAGCAAAUGGUGCAUGGGAAUUGACAUCAGCAAUAUCAAAUAUGGUUGGUAAAUCAGUAAAGGAUUUAAAGAUGCCUGUCCAGUGUCAUGCAAUGGAAAUAUGAUGACAAUAUGGGCAACAUGUAUUGUUUUGGCAUAUCUGGACCUUCAAUUAUCAAGUCUUAAAGAUGAAUGGGAGUUGGUUGGUAUGAAAGCAAAAUCUUGGCUUAUGAUACAAGUUCUACCACAAGGAUGUUCCUAUGAAGAUUUGCAUGAAAAAGCCAAACAAUUUCUUUGUGAUAAUAACAAACAUGAGAAAAGUAACUUUGUGUGACAUUGAAUCAAUACUUGACGAUUUUCUUUAUAAUUUUAUAAUUCAGUAAAAUAGACUACACAUGCUUUUUUAUGGGUUUCAAGUAGAAAUUACUAUAUAGUGGAAUGACAUUGGUAAUCUUUGACAAAAUGUAUUGCACUUCUGAGUGUUUUGUCAUGUUGAGAAAAUAGCAUAAAACUAACAAGUUUUUUGUAUACGAAAUCACGAAACUACGAGUCUAUAAAAAUGUUUAAAAAUAUGACUCAAUUUAAGCUCGGAGGAGCAAAAUAAAUAAAAUAUAACUUUGAGUACUUUAA